UUAUUAUAUCUAGUAAUAAAAUGAAUUUGUUACCAUGGUGUUCACUCAGUAAACACAUGAAACACUCUGAGAACAAAAAAUGAACAAAAUCAAAACAUUUUGAAGAAUACUACAGAUUUACAAGCAAAAUGGACCUGUCCAGAGUUGUGACAAGUUGAUGCUUGUUCUAUAACCUGACAAGUGCAGUUUUCAUGAACAUGAAAAAUUUAUUUCAUUCCUAAAUCUUUCUAAUUUAUGGAAAAUCCUGAAAUAAGCCAAAUGGAGGAUAUCCGGGUAUUACGAAGAUCCGAAUCCACCCUAAGUCUUGGAGUAAGUAAAGUACUAAGCACAGAAAACUGGAGAAUGGUACGCGGCUUGGAACCAGUAGUACUUCGUGCUGAAUCUGACAUGUCAAAGGAAUCGCUUAUCAUUUGCGAUGAAGAGUCAAAAGGGAAUAAGGCGGAGACCGACCUUCUCACGUUCAGCAAAAUGAAUCUUUUUCACGUAAACGACUCUUUCGCCCACAUAAAACUGUCCGAAAUGAGACGCUUCAACAAAAUGAGGAAGAAGAAAAAGAGCUACUUUCAAGGUUCAAAACAGGUUGAAAUGAAUGUCGAAGAUGACGAAGAAAUGGAAGAUUUUAUACAUAAAGAUUUUGAGUCCACCACAGUCAUAUUCGACGGCUUGUCAGAUGCUGAGAGCACCAGCAGUGAAAUAAAUGAAUGCUUUAAACCUGUUGUGAAAGGAAAGCAAAUCGGUUCAGAAAUAAUAAAAACUAGUUCUGAUUGUAAAGCAGCGAUAGAUAAAAAAAUAGUGCAAAUUCAUUUCUCCCUGGUUUCAUGGAUUAUUCAGUUAUUUCAGUUGUUUAUUUCAUUUAUAACAAAAACAUUCUCAUCGAGAGAACUAUGAAUUCACAUUUAAAUACAAGAACAUUUUAAUCUAUUUCACAA